GCGCUAAAAUUAAUGUCAGACAAAAGUGGAAAAUAUUUGCUUUUUGUCGAUUUGUUUGAUCUAGGCUUAAUUUAUUCGUUCCUUCCUACUAAUGUAAAUGUAGGUAAUUACAAUUAAAAUGUCAUUACUAGAAGAUGUGUUCCUUGAAGACGAGGCUGGUGAAGCACAGGAGUUAGAGCGAGUGAUCGAAGGUGACGAAUAUGAUGAAAGGCCGCAGUCUCCAAAUAGCGAUGAUAGUGAAGAAAAAGAAGAUGAAGCUGAGGAAGAUAAAAGAAGAGUUGAUCCAACACAAGCAAAAGCGAAGCGUAUUGUGAAAAAUCCUAGGUUCAUUUUAAAUCCUGCUCGCCUGACAGGCCCCAGGGGAAUUCAAGUCAUACCCGAUCAUUUUAAAGACUUCAAAUUCAAGGGCAAAGGACAUGAAAAAGAAGACCUGGAUAUGGUCCUCAAAAAACUGGAGCACUGGGCAUACAGACUGUACCCCAAAUUUGGAUUCCACGACUGCUUGAAGAAGAUUGAGACUCUUGGCAAGAAAAAAGCUGUUAUGGUCCACCUCCACAAAAUAAGGUCGGAUCAGAUUACCUCAGAGGAGCCGGUCACACAGCGGGACUCCAGUGACGACGAGGCCGGGGCUCCACAGGAGGAAGACGAGUUCGACAAGCUGCUUCAGCAGCAGAUAGACAUCGCGAGGGCCACGCCCGCGCCUGCCUCGGCUCGCAAAGCGCCUCAAACACCCAGUGUGGAUAGGUCACUCAUGAUGCCGAAAGCAACUUCAUCUCCUUCCAUCAGCGACGAGCAACGGGAACGUAUGUUACGAAACAGACGUUUAGCCGAAGAAAGGAGGCUUGCCAAACUAAAAAAUGACAAUUCCGUAGCUGAAAAUCCUAGUCAUAAAGCUACGCCUGACCCUAUUCCCAGCAUAGAAGUUAUUGAUGAAGUAGUGACACGAAAACAUAAUAGAUCUAAUGUUAUUGAUAGUUCCGAUGAAGAUGAUUCAACAGUCAAUCAAUCUAUAACAGUUGAUGUACACAGUAAAGUUGAUGAAAUGGAAGAUGAUAUAAAUGAUAAUGAUGAAGAGAACAUAAUUGAUAAAAAGAAUAAUACUGAAGUUAUAACAGAGCCUGAUAACAGUAUGGAAGCAGAUACUGAAGUGGUUUCACGAAAAUGUAACAAAUCGAAUGUUAUUGAUAGUUCUGAUGAUGAAGAUGAUGCAAUCGUUAAUCAGUCGGUGGCCGAUGUAAACAAUAAAGUUGAUAAAAUAGAUCAAUUAACUGACACAAAUCAAGACAAUAAAGUUAAUGACAAAGACUUGAGUCACAUCAAUACAAUAAAUAAUUCUGAUAAGAAAUUAGAUACUUCUAUUGGUGAUACCAUCAAAAAUACUGAACAAAACAAUUCAGGUACUGAAAAUAAAUUAGAUAAUGCGGAAACCAUGUCCGAUCGCAAUAGUGAUAUAAGAUUAGAUGAGAAUGAAUUGAUUCAAAACAAAGAAUAUGUUAAUUCAGAUAUACCUAACAAUGCUGGAGAAUUAUCUAAUACAGAUAAUGUAGAUUCAAAGAUAAGUAAUGAAACUACUGCAACAAUUGAUAAGGAUGUUUUAGAAGAUGUAAUGGACGUUGAUUUCACGGACGACUUCUAGGUAAGUAAUAAAACUACUGGUUAUACAUUUGAAGUUUUAUUUACGAGGGUGCAAACAAGGUCUUAUCACAGUACUUAACGAUUCAAUCAUAGUUUAUACUUCUAACGCGACAUUUAAAAGUUGCCGUCAAGUUAUGUAACAAACGUUUAACGCUUGUGGGUCAGUUAACGAGAGUAAUAAAAUUGUUUGUGACCCGCGAGCUAGAUUUUACACGACCUUACGUUAUAAAACAUAAUAGCUUAUCUUUACAUCAAAAUGCAGGUAAUCUUUGUAUUAACGUUCGUCAAUUUAUAAAUCGACCAAAAUAAUAAAAGAAGGCAAGAAUUCUUAUAGUAAAGCAAACAAUUUGUUUAAAAUAUCAAGCUGAGUAAGGCUCUAUACAAUUAAAAUAAGAAGUUACAUUUUUAAAAUACACACUACUUGACUUCAAAACUCAAUAGUUUAGUAGGCCCAUUUAUGAAAUGACACUUCAGUAUGAUCUAUUUAAACUUAAGGCUGAGAUAUUCAUAUUCUCAAUGGUCUCAAUCUUCGAUCAACAAUACAAAUAAUUAGAUAUCGGGUCAGCGCAAAAACUACGUUCCGUACGAAAUAACAGCGCAUUU